ACCAGCGUUCAGCACUUGUCCAGCAGUCAGCACACUCAAUUAAAGUCUGUUAGCAGAUUCAGACGUAUUUAUAUUAAAUUAUUUUAUUAGUGAUAUUGGAAACUCGCGCAUCCCGGUCAAUAUAAUUGUUAUUCAGUGAUUUAUAUAAUUUGUUUCACUUAUUUGAUAAGAAUGGAAGAGUUGAAUUUUAUCCCAAAUCUGGCGAGCGGGCCCCUAGACGUAUACAGAAAUAGCGCUUCAUUUAAUUGGAAACAACUUAAAUUGGCCCUUGAGGGAGAUAUCGAGCUACUAAGAUUGAAGUAUAAAAUAUGGAAGACGCUGGAGGAGGACCCAUUGUUCGCGCACCACGUCGUCACCCCUCCCGUCGAGGAGUUGAAGAGGAUCACACAGCUGCAGCUCAAGAAGAUCAACGAGUACAAGUUCCUCACAAACGCCAUGUUCAACGCGAGCUACGGGAAACGGACGCGAGUCAUUAUGACGAUCAACGAAGCUGUCCAGUCGCUGAACCCCAGCGUGUCUGUCAAGAUGGCCAUCGGAAUCUAUCUGUUCUCCAACGCGCUGCUCUCGCUCGGAACCGAACGGCACCUCAAGUUCUACGAGGCUACCAUUAAAGAUAGAAAGAUCCUGGCCAGCUUCUCGCUGACGGAGAUCGCGCACGGGUCUGACGUGCGGCUGAUGCGCACCACGGCCACCUAUGAUCCCCGGCGCAAGGAGUUUGUCAUCCACACUCCCGACUUCGAAGCCGCCAAAUGCUGGGUCGGUAAUCUAGGCAGAACUUGCACGCACACGCUCCUGUUCGCGCAGCUGAUAACCCCCGACGGAACCAACCAUGGGUUGCACGGGUUUGUCGUCCCCAUCCGGGACCCGGCCACUCUGGAAACAUACCCCGGCCUCAUUGUGGGCGACAUGGGAGAGAAGAUUGGCGUAAACGGUAUCGAUAAUGGAUUCAUAAUGUUCAACCAGUAUCGGAUACCGCGAGAGAACCUCCUCAACCGUACGGCUGAUGUGACGGAAGAGGGAGUCUACGAGAGUUCGUUCUCAGAGCCUUCAAGAAUACUGGGGGCCGCCUUGGAAAAUCUAUCUGCGGGUCGGAUCGGCAUAAUGCAGGAGAGCUGCCACUCUAUCUCCAGCGCGGUCGCCAUCGCGGUGCGCUACGCAGCCACGCGCACGCAGUUCGGCGAGCGAGACAACGAGGUCCCGCUCAUCGAAUACGAACUGCACCAAUGGCGGCUAUUCGGAUAUGUGAGCGCUGCGGUGGUAUUCAAGCUGUACAUAGAGAACUUCACACGCACCUACCUCAGCAUCGUCGAGAAGUCUAACUCCGGUAUCCGAGUUGAUAAUUUGAGCGAGGCGGUCUCGGAGAUCCACGCCAUGGUGUCGAGCAGCAAGCCCACGUUGAGCUGGUGUGUGCUGGAGGCAGCGCAGCAGUGCCGGGAGGCGUGCGGUGGACACGGAUAUCUAAAGUGCGCGAACCUGGGUGACAUCCGCAGCAACCACGAGCCCACGGUCACGUACGAGGGCGACAACAACGUGCUCUCGCAGCAGGCCAGCAACUGGCUGGUGCGCCAGUACGAGGCGGCGCUUAGCAACCGUGCCGUGGACUCGCCGCUCCGCACGGUGCACUUCCUGGACCAUCUCCCUUCCAUCGCCAAGAGCACCUUCAGCUGUACUGACACGCGACAGCUGAAGACGCCCGAAUUUAUAAUAUCAACAUACAAGUGGCUUCUGUGCUGGUUACUGAAGUACACGUACGAAAAACACGAAGCAGAAAUCUCGAGCGGGCGAACCAAAGUGCAGGCGAAAAGCAAAACCCAAGUAUACCGAGCGAAGACAUUGACAAGAGUCUACGGAGAAUACUUGGCGCUCACUUUCAGCUUGCAGUCCAUAGAGAAAAAGGAUUCAGAACUACAACCCGUAUUGUAUAAACUCUUUUGCCUCUACGGUCUUUGGUCGUUGGAUAAGCAUCUAGUGGAAUUAUACCAAGGCGGGUUCGCGAACAAGGAAACAGCGAAAUUGCUACGCGACGCCGUUUUGGAAUUAUGCGCUGACCUGAAGGGCGAAAUUGUGAGCGUUGUGGAUGCACUCGCUCCGACCGAUUUUGUACUCAAUUCGGCUCUUGGCAAGAGUGAUGGAAAGCUGUACCAGAAUCUGCAAAAGGCAUUCUUCAGCCAUCCGGGCGUGUUCGAGAGAGCACGGUGGUGGCGCGACGUUGUUCCUUCUAAACUAUAAUUAUACUCAAAUGAUAGUUCUAUAUCGCCCUGGGAAUCAUCACUAAUCUAAUUAAAAAAAAAAAAAUUCUUCAGAAUUUAAUUUAACAGAUAAAAUGUUAUUUAUUAUAAGUAGCAAUUUAGUUUAAGCUUAUAUUAAUUGUAUGUCGAAUUUUAAAUCUAAUCCAACAUGGCGUCGUAUAUCUCUUAUCUGAUUGGUCGAGCUUCUGUGUUGCAACUUGUUGUUCAACAUUGAAAGAUGUCAGGUUGCCACGUUCAAAUAAAUAUUGCAAUGAUUCCCUAUGGCGUAGUGUAAUGAAACCAAAACACUCGGCUGUCUGCCAUUCCUUGACAUUUUAAACGAUCUAUAUUUUUUGAUGAUUUUUUUUAUUUUUCCUUUAAGAACUAGUUAUAAUAUCAUAAUUUUUGUAAUGGACGCUAACCAUUUGAAAAAAUUAGCUAUUAUGUUUGUCCAUUAGGGGCCAUCCAUAGAGUACGAAAUGUACGAUUUUUGACGGUCUCCCCAUUUUUGUCGCAGACCUUAGUGUGACGUCACAUAUUUGGUAAUUUAACACACCGAUCCGAAUAAAUUACAACAGCAGUUUCAAUUUAAAAUCCAGAACUUGACAGUAUAACAAUAUAAUUAGCUUAAUAUUUAGAAUAAUUUUAUAACCUUCGUCACGAAGCUUACGUAUGACCUAAUCUUGUCACACUUCCUUGAAGAGUUAUUUAUGGAUGGCCUCUUUUGGAAAUUAUUACAUCGGUCUAGGUGGAACACUUAUGUACAGGUGGCCAUCUCGAUACAGUAAUAAAUCCUCUUAUACGAAUCUUAGAACAGUUCCUUACCGAUCCAAAUAACAAGGAUUGUUAGUUUUUUUUUAAUAUGCAGGGGCGUGCGGGUAAUUUAAUAGAUAAAUAUAUUACUCAAAUAUCAUCAUCUAUUUAAAUAUAAAUGUUUUUUUUUAAACUGAACAGAUUGUUUUGUGUGAAAUCAUUGGAAAAAAAUACUUUAAUAAUAAAUCAUAUUUGCAAGCACUUUUUUACUGUCUGUUGCCAGUUAACUGAAUAAUUAUUAUAAUGAUUAUAUUAGAGUAAAUUAUUGGUGCGCACGCCACAUUAUUUCAAUCUUAAUGUUUAUUUAUUUAUAAUGAUUAUUAUAAAUAAUGUUUAAUAAUUAUAAUAUACCUAUAUAUUUCAUGUUAUAUUUUAUAAGUAGAUGUUUUGGUGACAUUAGUAAAAUUGAAGAACUACUUUUAAUAAAAGAAGUCAGGAGGAACCCAUGCGUAAAGCAGGGUUUUCACUAUCCCAGUACGCUCGAAUUCUGGUUUACUCAUAAAAACUAUCAUGUCUCUCAAGUUGGACUAAACUGCAUUCCGUGAAGUAAUCCCCAUUAAAAUCCGUUCAUUAAUUUAGGACUACUUCGGAUGACAUGUUAUCAUCCGAGUACUCGGAUUCGGACAGUGAAAACCCCGCUUUAACUUGGUUUUAAUGUUAAAAUAUUAUCUAUGAAAUAUAUGUAAAUAGAUAAUAUACAAAAAACUGCCACCAUAUUGACUUCUUUUGUGAAAAGUAUUUUGUUGUUAUAAUUGUGUUUGGUCAGUACGGGAUACAAAGUUCACUAUAAAUAUUUAGCAUAUUGUGUCAGUAAACAUAUUAAUGUAAUUAAUUAGUACUAAUAUUAUGAUUUCAAUGUUAUUUAGUAAAAUUUUAUGCCAUAAUUAAAUAUAUAUAAUCAAAGAUUAUCUAUGUGAUGAGUAAUUUAAUAAAAAUAUUGAAUAAUAACUCAUUAAUAAUUUUAAUUAUUAUUCAUUAUUAAUAAAUUAGUUUAUAAUUAAUAAUAAUGAUUCAUUUUACGUUGAAGAUGAGGAAUCUUAUUGCUUUUAUCCAUUUUUGAAUUAUUUUCAUAUAUGUAUUUAAGUAAUUAUUUUUAAAACACGCAAUAAGAAGUUAAACUUCAAACGCGUAAAUAACCUAAUGUUCAUUGCAUUUAUUUAAAUGCUAAUUGUAUGAUGUAAUAAAAUAUUAUGCAGAUUUAUUAAACACCACUUUUUAAUUACCAAAAAAGAUAUUAAAUAUGCCGUCAGUUUGUCAUAACUAUAUUUAUUAUAAUCAUACAUAUCAACGGGGAGUGAUUAGCGCGGGUUGAGGAAGAAACGAUUUAGAGACUGUGAAUUGUACGAAAUUUGUCUAUGAUUUUUGUAUUUAUUUAUUUUAUGUCAUAAAUGUAUUUGGUAAUGGUUACUGAUUAACAAGUUUUGCGUAGUAAUUUUAAAAUAACUGUGUAUAAAAAUAUGUAGGUACAACAUGAAGUCAGCGAGUAAUCUUCUGAAUCACACGGUCACACCACCAUCUUACAUUGCAAGCAAAUGGACGCAUUAGGAAUAUAUUAAUGAUUUAUCCUUAAUUAUUAUUGUUCCUGUCAACACUGUCUCAUUCACCAGACCAUAUUAAAUCACAGUCUAACUUCGGCUUAUAUUAAUAUUUUUCUAGUUUUUUGCAUUCAAAUUCAAAUAUUUUUAUUCAAAAUAGGAUUCAAAAUCACUUAUUGAACGUCAAAAACUACCACCCAAUCAAAAGAGACUGUCUCAGACCUAAGAUGAAUGGGUGCAAGAAAGUCAGCGGUCUUUUUUGUUAUAUAUAUAAAAAUAUGGAUUACAAUGUGCUAUCGUACAUUAAACAUUUAUAAUUGAAGAGCCUGAGGGUGUUCGCUUUAUUCCCAGUCCGUGGUGUCAUGAAGAAAAUCGUUUAUGCUAUAGUAACCUUUUCCCACACAAACGUUUUUUAACAUUUUUUUUUAAUUUCGUAACACAUUUGUUUUGUACAUUUUCUGGGAUCAUAUUGUAGCACAUACCUCGCCCAACAAAAUACUAACUCGACAGUAAUAGGCAUAGCGAGUUUAUUUGUCGUGCUAACAUUAUGAAUGUCACAGUUUCUAGAAAAUUCCUCAAUGUGCUUAUGAACAUACAGAACAUUAUCAAAAAUGUAUUGAGAGCAUUAAUCGACAUUUACCGUAAUCUAGCGUGGACAAAAAUAAACUGACUGGUAUAUUAUACGUCUCAAUCUUAUUGGCUAUGUUUAUAUUUGAAUUAUAUAAUAUCAUUUUAUACAUCUUAUUAUGGGCUGCCUCUUACCCUUAUUACGUCUACGUUGGUAACAAUGGAACCAUAUCAAAACAGAGAUAGAUUCUCUCAUUGUUAAGACAGCGUUCGUAAGAAACAUUUUCAGUUGAGCGUUUUUUCUCUGACUUCAAAUCAGGCCGGCAACGGUCCUGUGAUUCCUCUGGUGUUGCAAGAGAUUGUGGGCGGCGGUGAUCACUUAACAACAGGUGACCGGUACGCUCGUUUGUCCUCCUAUUCCAUAAAAAAAAGGCUACCACGUAAAAGUAUUUUGAUUUUUCGGGUUUGAUAGCCUUUACACUCACAAAUAAUGUGGCUUUCUGUUGGUAACAGAACUUUCAAAAUUGGUUCAGUAGAUCCAGAGAUUACUCGCUAUAAUAUAAUAACUCGCUGCAUCGCAAUUCAAACAAAUCGCUACUACAAAGAUGUGGAUAAAGAUUCCCCUUGUGUGUCUCCGGGACCAUGCGACAUAGGUUCCUUCAAAAAAAGCUACUGCACCUUCCUUAAACUCCGGCAACUCUCCUGUGAUUCCUCGAUAAAUUGGUUGAUGCAUUAAAUAUGACGACUACGUGGUAAUGGAGACUUUAUUGGCGCACGUAUAUUAUGUUAAAGUCUAUCCCCCUCAUUCAUAAUAGUCUGCUAACUUAAAGCAUUGCUAAUUCUCACUCUGUCUUCUUCUAUUGACCUAAGUCGGAAUGAGAAAAAACACUCCUUAGCGGCUUAAAGUUAGCGGACCAUUAUGAAUAAGGGGAUAUAUUGUUACAUUUGUGAAUUUAUGAUUAUUUAUUUUCAUCAAUUAUCGCUAUAUUCGAAGUGUCUUAGAUUUUUUUUUGUAUGUAUAUUGUUUUAUAGUACCGUUAAUUUUAUAAUAGAAUUCUUUUACAUAUUUAAUAUCUUGGAUAAUUUAUGCGUCUAAACUGUGUGACAUCGAAAAUAUAGCGGCCAACUGUUAGCUUCUAUUUUCAGUAACGCACGGAAACUAUAUUGUAAGCGAUCAUCUUGUUUGUAUAUUACUGUAAGGUACGUAUGGCGAGUGUAGAAACAGCUGCCAUGCACACUAAAGUUAUAAAUCUGGCCUGUUUUCAUGCGUUGAUUAACAGCAAGAGGCUCUAGGCGUAUAAAUUAUCUAAGUUAUAGAUACUAUCUACAUAAAAUCUUCGCUGGAUACGUUAAACUUAUGAUAAUUUUGUAAAGAUACAAUUAAUUUAAAAUUAUGUCAUUAAGUCAAUGUAUGCUACUAUGAAUAUUUUAUUGAAAUGUGCCUUUCUCAAAUUUCGUCUACUCUUCAUAAAUUGUUAUAUUAUUAGAUUUAGGUUCAUCUUCUUUGUGGACUAAGUGACCGUUGGUGUUUAAUUAAAGGUGUUUAUAAAAA